AUGACGGGCCACAAUAAGGAGAAGCGAUAUGAGUGCGACGUGUGUGGCAAGGCCUGGCAGCAGCAGAGCAAGCUGAAGGCCCACCGGCGGAUGCACACGGGACAACGCCCCUUCGACUGCUCGGAAUGCGGCAAGAACUUCACCCGCUACGAGACCUUGCUGCGGCACAACCAGUUGCACUCUGGCGAGAAGCCCUUCACCUGCUCCCACUGCGGCAAGAGUUUCGAGACAUUGAAUUACCUAAAGAUCAAUCGGCGAGUGCACACGGGCGAGAGGCCCUAUGGCUGCCCCACGUGCAGCAAGAGCUUUGCCCAGUUGCGCCUGCACACCGGGGAUCGGCCGUACACCUGCGGCGACUACGGCAAAGGCUUUGCCCAGUCAUCGGGGCUGUUGCGGCACCGGCGGGUGCACAGCAGCUUCAUGUGGUCUUCGGACCUGAAUGUGCACAGGCGCCUGCACACCGGGGAAUGCCCCUACAACUGCAGCGUCUGCGGCACGGGCUACAAGUAG